UACAUGUCCCACCCUCAAAUAUGCCGCAGAUGCAGCCACCACCGUCUCAUUUAUCCCUCCUACCACAUUUACCUCGCCCUUUGUCAGGUUCUUUGCCCAUGCGCUCGAUGUCUAAAUCAUUGUACAAGCUCUUGCAAGACCCAAAUGUUCAUCUGAGCCUAUUUUCGAUGCGAAGACAAGGGUUCAUAACAUUUUUCCGAAGGUUUCAGCUGGUCAUCAUCUUCACUGUCAGCAUCACAGCUCUGGUCGAUUUUGUCUUACAUCGCAAGUUUGAUUUGAGAACAUGGGAGAGAGCAAAACUAGCCUCGGCACUGGACCAUGUUGUUGUGGCAACGGAUGAUGAGAAGAUUGCAGAAUGCUGUCGAGGAUUUGGUGCUGAUGUGAUAAUGACAUCAGAAUCUUGUAGAAAUGGUAGAGAAGUCUUUUUGCUACAUGCUACAAGUGUUCUUCACUUGUUCUAAUAUCUUCAGUUGUCUUACCAACUUUUUUUUUUCCUGAUAUCAUCGUCAAUAUUCAGGGUGAUAAACCUCUUACUGAACCAGAGAUUAUAGAUGGAAUUGUUAAAGCUCUGCAGGGAGCUCCUGAUGCUGUUUUCAGCACUGCGGUGACAUCUUUGAAGCCUGAAGAUUCAACCGAUCCAAACAGGGUGAAAUGUAUUGUUGAUAACAAAAAAUGGGAAACAAUAGAUAGUGGUGUUGCUCAUGUGUGGUAAUUCUUAUGGAGAAUAACCAAAUGCGGCAGUUAGUUAUAGAUAUGUGUUUGUACCCCAUUAUAAUGGUUACUUUUAGGCACAGAACAAUAUGCUUCAUAGAGCAAUGAAUUACCGUUACUAGAGAAUUAAGCAUAUGAAUGUAAUGUUUUG